GGCGCGAUGGCGGGCGUGCAUGCCGUGAGGCUUGAGCGCGGUCCGGAUAGCGAGUCAAGGUACGCGUGAUGCCGGCUCACGGAAGGCCGAGGAAUCCCAGAGGAUGUUUCUGGUGGUCUAAUCUCAGAACUUACAUCACUAGUCUGCACAAUGGUUCCCUUCCAAGCCCAGUGAUGCCCAGUUGCCUCCAAGUCUCAUACCCUUAUGUGGACAAGAAAAGUUUACAGAGGAAAUGGUAAUUCUUCACUUGCUCCCUGAGGUGUCCAGUUGUAGUCCAUGGAGAUCCAGUUGAAUUAUGAAUCUCAAGAACACCACCUUUUCUCAGAUGGUGAGACCAAGACCAAGAUUGGAAAGCCAGCUUCAGAGGAGGAAACUACAGCAAAAACUGAAUCAUUGACUGAAGAGUCUGGCAACAUCAAAGAGCAUGUUCUCCAGGAUUCUGAAAGCAGAGAAUUCUGUGAAUCUGGGAAUAAAUUAAAUGAAAAGGAUCAGAACCUCGUUAAAAGAAGACAAUAUAACUGUGAUGAGUGUGAGCAAAGCUUUGGGAGUACAGGCCUUAUUAGGCAUCGAAGAACUCACUGGGAGAAACACUAUAAAUGUGAUAAGUGUGGAAAGGCCUUUAGUGUGAGAUCAGCCCUGGUUCUGCAUCAGAGAAUUCAUACUGGGGAGAAACCUUAUCCUUGUAAAUGGUGUAUUAAAAGUUUCAGUCGGAGCUCAGACCUUAUUAAACAUCAAAGAGUCCACACUGGUGAAAAACCUUAUCAGUGUGAUAUAUGUGGGAAAGCCUUCAGUCAGAGCUCAGAUCUUAUUAUACAUCAGAGAAUCCAUACAGGAGAAAAACCCUAUCAGUGCAGUCAUUGCAGUAAAAGUUUCAGCCAGCGCUCAGACCUUGUUAAGCAUCAGAGAAUCCACACUGGAGAGAAGCCUUAUACAUGUAACCAGUGUAACAAACAUUUUAGUCAGAGUUCUGAUGUCAUAAAACAUCAAAGAAUCCACACUGGGGAGAAACCAUAUAAAUGUGAUGUGUGUGGGAAAGCCUUCAGUCAGAGCUCAGAUCUUAUUCUACAUCAGAGAAUCCAUACUGGGGAGAAACCAUAUCCAUGUAAUCAGUGUAGCAAAAGUUUCAGUCAGAACUCAGACCUUAUUAAACAUCGAAGGAUCCACACUGGAGAGAAACCCUAUAAAUGUAAUGAAUGUGGAAAAGCUUUUAAUCAGAGCUCAGUCCUUAUUCUACAUCAAAGAAUUCAUACUGGAGAGAAACCCUAUCCAUGUAGUCAAUGUAGCAAAACCUUCAGUAGGCUUUCUGAUCUUAUUAAUCAUCAACGAAUUCACACUGGAGAGAAGCCUUACCCCUGUAAUCAGUGCAAUAAAAUGUUUAGUCGAAGAUCAGAUCUUGUUAAACAUCACAGAAUUCAUACAGGUGAGAAACCCUAUGAAUGUGAUGAGUGUGGGAAAACCUUUAGUCAGAGCUCCAACCUUAUUCUUCAUCAGAGAAUCCACACUGGAGAGAAACCUUAUCCAUGUAGUGAUUGUACUAAAAGCUUUAGUCGCCGUUCAGAUCUUGUUAAGCAUCAAAGAAUACACACUGGAGAGAAACCAUAUGCAUGUAACCAGUGCAGUAAAAGUUUUAGUCAAAGCUCAGACCUCACUAAACAUCAGAGGGUACACUCUGGUGAAAAGCCCUAUCAUUGUGAUAGUUGUGAGAAAGCCUUCAGUCAGAGUUCUGACCUUAUUCUUCAUCACAGAGUUCACACUGGAGAAAAACCAUAUGUAUGCACACAGUGCAGCAAAAGUUUCAGUCAAAACUCAGACCUCAUCAAACACCAGAGAAUCCACACUGGGGAAAAACCUUAUCAAUGUAAUGAGUGUAAGAAGGCUUUCAGUCAGUGUUCAGCUCUUAUCCUCCAUCAGAGAAUCCACACUGGGGAGAAACCAUAUCCAUGUGAUCAAUGUGGCAAAAACUUUAGUCGGCACUCUGAUCUCAUUAACCACCAAAGAAUACACGCUGGGGAAAAGCCAAAUAAAUGUGAUGCAUGUGGGAAAGCCUUUAGCACAUGCACAGAUCUUGUGGAACACCAGAAAAUCCACACUGGGAAGAAACCCUACCGGUGUGUUCAGUGCAGCAGAAGUUUUAGCCAACUUUCUGAUCUUAUUAAUCAUGAGAAAGUCCAUUCUGAGGAAGACAGUCUAAAUGUGAUGAAUAUGGGAAAAUCUUUAGUGUAUAUAUAACUUUAUUCAGUACCAGAGAUACCAUACCAGAAAAAAAUCUUACGAAUGCUGUUGAUGAGUAUGAAAAAGGUUUUAAUCAAAGCUCAACUCUUAUACUACAUUAACAC